AAUUCUUGGCUACUGUUUGUCUUGCCAUUUCUGUCGCCGUGAAGGGGCGCUGCGACUAUAUUAGGUAGACAAGAGCCCACUGCCCGCCGCUGCCAACCAUGCAUUUGGUACCAAAGGAGCUUGACAAGCUCGUCAUCUCGCAAUUGGGAUUUCUGGCCCAGCGCCGUCUCGCACGUGGUGUGCGACUCAACCAUGCGGAAGCUUCGGCCUUGAUUUCAUCCAACCUGCAGGAGUUGAUCCGUGAUGGAGAGUAUUCCGUGGCCGAUCUCAUGUCCAUCGGCAAGACAAUGCUGGGUCGCCGGCACGUCCUUCCCUCGGUCGUCUCGACCCUGGUCGAACUGCAAGUCGAGGGAACCUUCCCGACGGGCACGUACCUCGUGACCGUGCACCACCCGAUCAGCAGCGACGACGGGGAUCUGGAAAAGGCGCUCUACGGGAGCUUUCUCCCCAUUCCGCCGGCCGACGCGUUCCCGGACCCGGACCCCGCCGACUACACGCCCGAGAGCAUGCCCGGAGCCAUUGUGCCGGUCCCGAACAGCCGCAUCGCGCUCAACGAAGGGAGGAAGCGCAUCAAGCUCAAGGUCAUGAGCAAGGGUGACCGGCCCAUCCAGGUCGGCUCCCACUAUCAUUUUAUCGAAACGAACCCGCAGCUGCACUUUGACCGCCUCCGCGCGUAUGGAUACCGGCUGGACAUCCCCGCUGGCACGUCCGUGCGGUUCGAGCCGGGUGACACCAAGGUCGUCACGCUCGUGGAGAUCGGGGGCCACCAGAUCAUCCGGGGAGGGAAUCGCUUGGCUUCCGGCAAGGUGGAUCUCAGCCGUGCGGAGGAGAUUAUGAUGCGCUUGCAGGCAGACGGAUUCGCUCAUGUUUCCGAACCUACGGCGGACGCCGCGCUUGUGACCCCCUUCUCCAUGGAGCGGGAGGUGUAUGUGCGCAUGUUCGGCCCCACGACUGGAGAUUUGGUGCGUUUGGGGUUGACCAACCUCUGGGUACGCGUUGAAAAGGACUACACGACUUACGGAGACGAGUGCACGUUCGGUGGGGGCAAGGUGAUUCGGGAUGGGAUGGGCCAGUCUUCGGAAAAGUCCACCGCGGAGUGUCUGGAUACGGUUGUUACGAACGCGUUAAUCAUUGACUGGACUGGAAUCUUCAAGGCCGAUAUUGGUAUCAGGGAAGGGAUUAUCGUUGGCAUCGGCAAAGCUGGAAACCCGGACAUCAUGGAUGGCGUUACGCCGGGUAUGGUUAUUGGCUCUUCGACAGAUGUGAUUGCUGGAGAGAACAAGAUCGUGACUGCUGGGGGUUUUGAUACGCACAUUCAUUUCAUCUGCCCUCAACAGGCGGACGAGGCAUUGGCUUCUGGCAUCACGACAUUCCUGGGUGGAGGUACGGGUCCCUCGACCGGAUCCAAUGCCACCACCUGCACCCCUGGACCCACGCACAUGCGCCAAAUGAUCCAGGCGUGCGAUCGCAUCCCGAUGAACAUCGGUAUCACGGGUAAGGGUAACGACUGCGGUGGAGUGAGCAUCGAAGAACAGAUCAAGGCGGGUGCUGCGGGAUUGAAGCUACACGAGGACUGGGGCUCUACGCCCGCUGCGAUCGAUAAAUGUCUCGAGCUGUGCGAUGAGUACGAUGUGCAGUGCAUGAUCCACACCGACACACUGAACGAGUCCGGCUUCGUCGAGCAGACGAUUGAAGCCUUCAAGAACCGCACGAUACACACCUACCACACAGAGGGAGCGGGCGGCGGCCACGCCCCCGACAUCAUCUCGGUGGUGGAGCACCCCAAUGUCCUCCCCAGUAGCACCAACCCGACCCGCCCAUUCACCAUGAACACCCUGGACGAGCACCUCGACAUGCUGAUGGUGUGCCACCACCUGUCCAAGAACAUCGCGGAGGACGUCGCCUUCGCGGAGAGCCGGAUCCGCGCGGAGACGAUCGCCGCCGAGGAUGUGCUUCACGAUCUCGGGGCCAUCAGCAUGAUGUCCUCCGACUCGCAGGCCAUGGGCCGCUGCGGCGAGGUGAUCCUGCGGACAUGGAACACGGCGCACAAGAACAAAGCGCAGCGUGGGUUCCUGCCCGAGGACGAGGGCACGGGGGCCGACAACUUCCGCGUCAAGCGCUACGUCAGCAAGUACACGAUCAACCCGGCCAUUGCGCAGGGGAUGGCGCACAUGAUCGGCAGCAUCGAGGUGGGCAAGAUCGCGGACUUGGUGCUGUGGUCGCCCAGCUCGUUCGGCACCAAGCCUGCGCAGGUGCUGAAGAGUGGAAUGAUCGUGAUGUCCAAGAUGGGCGACCCCAACGCUUCCAUCCCCACCGUGCAGCCCGUGAUCAUGCGUCCUCAAUUUGGCGCUAUGGUCCCCAGCACCUCGAUCAUGUUCGUCUCGCAGGCCUCCAUCGACGCCGGCGUCGUCCAGACCUACGGCCUCCAGAAGCGGAUCGCGGCCGUCAAGAACUGCCGCAACAUCGGCAAGGCGGACAUGAAGUUCAACGACAUCAUGCCGAAGAUGAAGGUCGAUCCCGAGAGCUACCGCGUCGAAGCCGACGGGAUGCUCUGUGACGCGGAACCGGCGGAGACUCUGCCGCUGACGCAGGAUUACUUUGUUUACUGAUGUCGUCCGGUUAUGUGGAAGAACAAGAAGAAGAAGAAGAAGAAGAAGAAGAUGAUGAUGAUGGAAAUAAAGAAAGAAAAGGUGUGGGUAGGAUUAUACCUAGUAGUAGUAGUGUGACGAGUUUCCUUUGAUGAUGCAGUGAUACCUUUUGGGUUCUCUUAUUUUUGCCUGUCUUUUUUCUUGGGUUGGGGGGGUAUACAGACUAGCCUUUUUUUCGUCAUUCUUGUGUACAGACUUUCGGCCUGUUGG